AUGCCUUCAAAGGCGGCAUUUCUAUUACUAUCGCAAAUAGGUGGUAAUUAUGCUAUUCCUUACAAACUUAUGCAAUUUGGUAACAAAACAGUCUUCUAUGGGAAUAAUGAAAAGGCAAGCAACUAUCUUAUUGUAUCAAGAGGUAUCAAAGAACUUACACAACUAAUAGAUAUGUUAAAAAUGACACCACAAUGGAAUUCAGGAUCAAAAUUCCUAGUAAUACUCAUGCAACAAUGGCCGAAUCAAGAAAAAUUUGCCAAAGACAUAAUUGAAAUACUUCAUACUGCGACAAUUUGGAACCCUAUAAUUAUGUUACCAACCACUAAGGACGAAGGCAUUUUUUUUACUUAUGCGAUGUAUCCAUUUAAAGCUACCAAAAAUAAAAUAUUACACAUUAAUUCUUGCCAAAACGGAGUAUUUUCUACUAAAACGUUUUAUAAAAACCAACUACCGAAGAAUAUGAGUAACAUUACUGUAAAAAGUAUGUAUCACUAUGCUCCACCAUAUGUAAUCGAAGACGAGUAUUAUCAACUGGUCAGAAACAGCAAUCCUGGUAUAGCAGUAAAUUUGGUGAAAUUAAUUAGCGAAAUAUUGAACUUUAAGCUUACACUUGCUUCGAGUAAUUCCACGCCAGGUGAAGUUUUUAUUAACGGUACAGUUUCAAAAGAAUUAAAAAAACUGAAAUCCACAGAAGUACAGUUGCUGGUGGGGUCUUAUGUAAUGACUUAUCCAAAAAUGCUAUAUUUUGAUUGCAGUAUCCCAUUCAUCUCUGAUAAAUAUGUUUGGUGCGUACCAAAUUACGCUAUUCCAGCUUUAAAAUACGAUUCUCGAAUACCAAUUUUUUCAGGUUUAACUUUCUCAUCAAUCGUUUUAAUAAUCUGGUAUGUAAAUAGACAAACUGUUCCUGGAGACAGAUUUUAUAAAAGUUUUGCCAACUUAAUACAAAGCAGCUUUUCAAUUUUAUUGGGAAUAUCAGUCCGGCGUCUACCAAAAUCUGGAAAAUUAAGAUACAUUUUUGCUUUGCAUAUCAUAUUCGCUUAUUAUUUAACCACAUUAUACAUGUCUACAUUAACUCGUAAAUAUUUACAUAAUAAAACAGUACAGAAAUAUGACAGCUUGAAAAAAAUUUACGAGAACAAUCUUACUACCUAUUUUAUGACCAAUUCCUUUAAAUAUAUGGUAAAUAUUGAUGAAGUUCCUGAAUAUGUUAUUGAAAGUAGAAAGAUCGAUUGCGAUGAUUGGCUGAAAUGUAUCCAGGAUGUAACAUUAGGAGAUUCAGCGUUUUUACUGAAAGAGAAUAUUGCAAAUUAUUUACUUAGUAGUUUAAAGGAAAACAGAACCAAAAUUCAUUGUUUUACUUUCAUCGAUAACAUAUCUGUUAUUUUGUUAAUGAAGAAAGGUUAUUUAUUAACAAACCAUUUUAAUCAUAUAAUUAACAAAGUUUUAGAAAAUGGAUUUACAAAAAUAUGGCAACGAUAUUUUUUCAACAAUUAUCAAAAUGAUCAAGUGGAUCUGAAACCUAGAAAAAUUAAAUUGAAGAGCUUGUUCUGGAUAUUUCGAGCAUUUAGCUUAGGGUGUUUGAUUUCAAAUUUGGUUUUUCUGGGUGAAAUAGUUGUUUUUUAUAAAUGUUAA